CGAAAUCACACCUCUUUGGUUAUCCCCGUAACCACAUUCACCAAGCAGCUCAUCCCAUUUCCUAUCAAACACUCUAGCCGCCUUAGAAAUAAUUGAAAAAAGAGUAGCAAAUGGCUGGAAGUAUUGACAUGAUGUUACAUGGUCUUAACCUUGAAACUGUUGAAUCUUUGCCUGAGGAUUUUGAUCCAACAACUGUGAUUAAUGAUCCUUUACCGCCUAUUGUGGAUGGUGGGAAAUCGGCUAAUGCGAAGGAACAACCUAGGGAGAUUGUUUUGGGAAGGAAUGUGCAUACUACUUGUCUUGAGGUAACCGAACCAGAUGCUGACGAUGAGGUUACCGGUGAACGAGAAGCUUAUAUGGCUAGUGUGCUGGCUAGAUAUCGAAAGUCCUUGCUCGAAAGGACCAAACAUCAUUUAGGCUAUCCUUAUAAUCUGGACUUCGACUAUGGUGCGUUAUCUCAAUUACAACAUUUCUCCAUAAACAACCUUGGUGACCCAUUUAUCGAGAGCAAUUAUGGUGUACAUUCCAGGCAGUUUGAGGUUGGUGUUUUGGAUUGGUUUGCCCGUUUGUGGGAGUUAGAAAAGAACGAAUACUGGGGUUACAUUACAAAUUGUGGAACAGAGGGAAAUCUUCAUGGCAUAUUAGUCGGGAGAGAAGUCUUUCCUGAUGGGAUUUUGUAUGCUUCUUGUGAAUCACAUUAUUCCAUAUUUAAAGCAGCAAGAAUGUACCGAAUGGACUGUGAAAAGGUCAACACUCUCAUGUCUGGGGAGAUUGAUUGUGAAGAUUUUAAAGCUAAACUCAGUCUUCACAAAGAUAAACCAGCAAUCAUCAACGUGAAUAUAGGAACAACUGUGAAAGGAGCUGUUGAUGAUCUUGAUUUGGUUAUAAAAACCCUUGAAGAAUCAGGAUUCACACAUGACCGAUUCUAUAUCCAUUGUGACGGGGCUUUGUUUGGUCUAAUGAUGCCUUUUGUUAAACUUGCACCAAAAGUUUCUUUCAAGAAACCCAUUGGAAGUGUCAGUGUUUCGGGUCAUAAAUUUGUCGGCUGUCCAAUGCCUUGUGGUGUUCAAAUAACAAGAUUGGAGCAUAUUAACGCGCUUUCAAGAAACGUUGAAUACCUUGCCUCUAGAGAUGCAACAAUCAUGGGAAGUCGUAAUGGACAUGCCCCAUUAUUCCUUUGGUACACCUUAAAUCGAAAAGGGUACCGUGGGUUUCAAAAAGAGGUCCAAAAAUGCCUCAGAAACGCUCACUACCUAAAGGGUCGUCUAACAAGUGCCGGGAUUGGGGCCAUGCUUAAUGAACUAAGCAGUACAGUUGUUUUUGAGCGCCCACAAGAUGAGGAAUUCACACGCAAAUGGCAGCUUGCAUGCCAAGGGAACAUUGCACAUGUUGUCGUCAUGCCCAAUAUAAACAUCGACAAACUGGAUGAUUUUGUGAACGAACUCAUUGAAAAACGUGCUGUUUGGUAUGAAAACGGGAAGCUUCAGGCACCUUGUGUUGCAUCCGAGAUCGGUAACUCUAACUGCCUGUGUGUGCUGCACAAGUGACUUAAAAGCACUUGACACGAAGUUAUUAGUUUGCUGUUUGGCAAUGGUGUUAGUUGUUGUACUGUAUCUUUAUGAUGAUUAUUGUCAUAUUGUGUUAGACUUUGGAGCCAGACACAAGGCUUUGCUGUGUCUCGCAUUAUGAUUAAACUUUUGUAUCAGUAGUGUUUGAAGUUGUGAUAAUUAAACCAAGUUUCUUUAUGCUA